GAUAUUUUGCUUUCACAGGGAAGAUAAGAGAGUAAUUAUUUAUAUUGGAACAUUUUGUUGAAACACAUGUUUAUUUCUUGUAUAAAACUGAGAUUGCAUUACACAGGAGAUAAGAAUUCACCAGUUCCGCAUUCCUUGUAGCAACUAUCCCAUUCUUAUUCAUUUCUAACUCACCAUGGCACCAGGCCCCAAUGCUACUACAACAAAAAGAUAUGCAGUUGUCACUGGAGCUAACAAGGGGAUAGGAUUCGAAAUUUGUAGACAGUUGGCUUCUAAUGGCAUUGUAGUGGUCUUAACAGCCAGAAAUGAGAACAGAGGCCUUGAAUCUGUUAAAAAGCUUAAAAACGCUGGUAUCUCUGAUGAUCAUCUGGUUUUCCAUCAGCUUAAUGUGUUGGACUCUGAAAGUGUUGGUUCUCUGGCAGAUUUCAUCAGAACUAAGUUUGGAAAACUUGAUAUUCUGGUAAACAAUGCUGGCAUCGGUGGAGUUGUUUUGAACCCUGAUAAUUUGCAAAGAACUUUUGAACUUGGUGGCGGUUUGUCAUAUGAGAAUCAGGCCACUUGGAACGGACUUUCAACUCAAACUUUUGAGAUGGCAGAACUAUGUCUGGAAACAAACUACUAUGGUGGAAGAAGAAUGGUUGAAGCACUUGCUCCCCUCUUGCAGUUGUCUGAUUCGGCAAGGAUUGUAAAUGUUUCUUCAAUGUUGGGACUGUUGCAGAAUAUACCGAGUGAGUGGGCAAAAGGUGUGUUGGGUGAUGUUGAAAGCCUCAAUGAAGAUAGAGUGGAUGAGGUGGUGAACGAGUUUCUCGAGGAUUUCCAGGAUGGUUUGCUAGAAUCCAAUGGGUGGCCUACUAAUUUGUCCGCCUAUAUCGUUGCAAAAGCUGCUGUGAAUGCUUACACAAGGGUUGUAGCCAAUAAGUACCCAAGUUUCCUUGUUAAUGCCGUAUGCCCUGGCUCUUGCAAGACCGAUUUUGCCCACAAUGUUGGCCUCUUAUCCGCAGCUGAAGGAGCUGAAAGUCCCGUCAGAUUAGCGUUGCUGCCUAAAGAUGGGCCUUCCGGUUGUUUCUUCUAUAGGAAAGAAAUAUCACGUUUCUGAACGGGAACAAAUUAUCAACACGCAACGUCUACAAUUAUUGAAUAUUUACGUCUUAUCACAGACUAUUUUCCGUAAGUUCUUACCUAAAUUCAUUCGGCUGUCACAAUAAAGUGAAAGUUUUUCCUAAAUUCUUCAAUGCCUUCUUCUACUCCAAUGUAACGAAAUAGACAAGUAAUGUAUUUUAUUCUAGAGAAGGUAAUUUUAAAAUCGCUUUGUAUUUUAUUUUUAUUUUAUUGUUUUAUAAUAUUAAUGAAAUAAUAUUUUAUACAAUUAAUAAUAUUUAUUUAUAA